AUGAGGUUCGGCCGUUUCCUGUUCAGGACAAGAGCCACAUCAUCAGAGGGCACUGAUCAGUCACCAGUAUCAAAUGAUUCGAAAAAUUCUGUGUCAUCAAAACAAAUAGAAAAUGAUGUCUUUUAUGCUGAGGAGGUAGUUCAAAAAAUUUUGAAAACGGAUCUCACAGAUAUUCGUUUAAAAGGCCAUUGGUUGUACGUUAUUGAUUCUGGUGGUCAACCAGCAUACCAAGAGUUACUGCCAUUGUUUACUAGAGCGGCUUCUCUUAAUAUCAUCACUCUUGACCUCUCUAAACCUCUUGAUGAGGAGUUUGACACGAAGUACAGGGCCAAUGAAAAAUAUUUUUGGUGUCGCUCUAAGUCAACUCAGUUAGCAUCCUUCAAAUCUGCUGUUUCUACAGCAGCUAAUUUCAAAUCACUUGAUAUUUCUUGCAUCACUGAACCACAUCAUCAUUCCAUGCAUCUUAUUCUGGGAACACAUUAUGAUAAAGUGAAUGAAGCUGAUCUAAAGAAAUGUGAAGAUGCUUUAAAAUCUUCAAUAUCUUCUUUACAACCUUACUUAAAUGACCGUAUCAUCAAGAGGUCAGAAAAUUCGAUUAUAUUUCCUGUCAACACAGUUGCUAAAUCAAAAGAAGAGAGGGCUAAAUACAGGAAAGAAGUUUGCAAAGCAAUAUGGAAGAGUGGCUCUGAUGCUUCUAUUACAAUCAAAAUACCAAUUCACUGGUUUGCUUUUGAGCUCUCUUUGCCUAAAAAGAAAAGUAUCAUAUCUAUUAAGGAAGCGGAAUCUAUUGGAAAAAAGUUUGGCAUGAAGGAGGAAGAUACAAAGGAAGCAUUGAAGUAUUUUCAUGACGUCAGCCUGAUGUUAUAUUAUCCAGAGGUUAUCAAUGUAGUGUUUCUGAAUCCUAAGCCUAUUCUUGACAUUAUGUCACAGUUAUUGGCUCUUACAUUCGUGGAUGAUGAAAAUACAUGUAAAAAUAAAAAGGCGCUCAACAAUUUGGCACUGCUAAAAUCUAUUUUAGUAGAGCAAAAGCAAGUUUCAAUAGCUAAGAGAAAUAAUCUUAAAGAUGGCUUCUUUAAUGAAGAAAUUUUUACUAAUUUAAAAUCGGGUAAAAAAAUUAGCCAAUCUGAGUUUAACCUCCCUGAAGACCUAAUUUCUCUUUUGCUGCAUCUCAACAUCAUCACAAAAGUGGAAGGUAACAAAAAGGGUCGCUAUUUUAUUCCUUAUGCCCUUCCUUCAUAUCAAGGAUUGAAAACUCCUACAAUAAAAAAGCCAAAUGCUCGAUUGCUUCUUGUAGUUUGGAUAGAUGAGAAGAAGUGUCUACCAGUUCCUCAAGGUCUCUUUCCUUUGGUAGUAAUUCACCUCCUCAAUCAGAAGGAAUUGAAAAUUGAUCUUCCUUCAUCUAGACGAGAUUUUUACUUCAAAUUUCGAGAUGCUAUGUCGAUCCGAAUUACUUUAGGGGAGAUACCUCACACACUUCACCUCAUCAAUCGUUACACUCAUAUUGAGAUUGCUUUCACUGGCCCACAAGAGCAUUGCUCAAAAAUUUAUGAAGUAGUCAUGAAAGCUUUUGGCAAGGUUACAGAUGACCUACAUAUUGAGCACAAUCAUGCCAAUGCAUUUGUUUGUCCAAAUGAUCCAAAGAACUGUUUCAGUCUUGUUGUAAAUAAAGAAAGAUUUAUAGUGAACUGUACAGAUUGUCCUGAGACAGCUCCUAUUACAGGGGAAGACUACUGGUGCUGGUUUAAGCAUUCCACAAAUGCUCCAGUUGAUACAAGCAAGUCGCCUACACUGGGAAUAACUGGAUACGGACUGGUAAUCCUCCUUGUUUUGGCUGGAUGGUUAGUUUUCUACUUUUGUUCUAUUCAAGGAGUAGCAAUUUAUGGACUGGUACUACUGUUUGCUUUUAUUGGAUAUUUUGUUUUCAUCUGGAAAUCUACUCGAGGAGUAGCAAUUUAUGGACUGAUAAUACUAGCUAUUUUUGUUGUUGGAUAUUUAGUUUUUAUCUGGAAAUCUAUUCAAGGGCUAGUAAUUUAUGGACUGGUACUACUUGUAUUACCAUUACUUGUUUUAGCAGAAUUUUUUUCCAUCUGGGGCUCUAUUGCAAGAAUAACUGUAAGUGUAGUUGUCAUUGGGAUUGCUACUACAUGGAUAAUGACCUGGAUUAAUGGAGGUGAUGUUACUAAACUGGAAUCUCUUGUAAAUCUGGGGACCACUAUUCUCAACCUAUUAUAACUCUAGUUUUUGAAAAUUAAUCUGACUUAAUAGGCUCUAUUUUAAAAUAACUAUUUUUUUGUAUUACCAAAUGGAGAUUGCAAUUUGAA